AUGGUCAAGAGCUUGCUUGUUCUGGAUGUUGUAUUGAUAAAUUGUGCUUUUUUUCAGACUUUGAACUACUAUGAAGACUUUUCUACAGCUGCUAAUGACUUCUUACCUUCUGAAUAUUACAAUGAGGUGUCAGAAAUUUGUAAUAAAAAUGAAAUACAGGAAUUCAGCAGGAUCUUUCAACUGUGCAUAGACACCCUUGUUUUUCUAAUUGGCGUGUCUGGAAACAGUCUUGUUCUUGUUACCUACAACUUUUCCAGAAAAAUCAAAUCAAUGACUGAUAUUUAUUUGAUCAACUUAGCAGUGGCUGACCUCCUUCUACUUAUGACACUUCCCUUCAUAGCCACCAAUGCAGUUAAAGGAUGGCUUUUUGGGAAUAUAAUGUGCAAGAUCGUUGAAGGAUUGUAUUCUAUUAAUUUCUUCAGUGGAUUCCUCUUCUUGACCUUUAUUAGUCUGGACAGAUACAAUGAGAUAGUUCGAGCAGUAGAGGCACAUAGAAUGCGGCAUAAAUCCAUCUACUACAGCAAGAUAAUCUCUGUAAUAGUUUGGGUGGUGUCUGUUUUACUCACUCUACCUCAGUUCAUUUAUAGUCAUUCUCAGAUUUUAGAUGAAGUGUGUGUUUGCAGUAUGAUUUUUCCAGAAGAUGUCACCACCAUGGUAAAAGGUAUUAGCAAUUUCUCCCAAAUAACUCUAGGGUUUAUUGUCCCUUUUUUGGUCAUGCUGUUUUGUUAUUCCACUAUUGCUAAGACCCUGAUGUCUGCUAGGAGCUUUGAGAAAAACAAAGCCCUUAAGGUUAUUAUCUCCCUUGUGAUUGUCUUUGUAGUCUUUCAGCUACCACAUACACUGGUCACUUUUUUAGAAACCACUGACCUACUGAAAAGUGUUCAGAUGACCUGUUCAGUGAGAAAAUAUAAAGAUAUUGCAUUUAUUAUCACCAGGAGCCUAGCAUUUAUCCGAUGUUCUCUCAAUCCCAUUCUCUAUGCAUUUGUUGGUGUAAAGUUCAGAAAGGAUGUUCUGCUUCUACUGAUGAAAGUACGAUGCACCUCAAGAGGCAAAUGGGCUAAGGACUGUAAAUACAACAGAGGCUCCAUUGCAAUAGACACAAGCAGCUUCACCAUGCAGAUAUAA